GAGAAGCCAGACAAAUGAAACCCUAGAUCGACAUAGUACUCCCAUACGUUCAGCAACUCCCUCCCUGUCAAUGGCGUCACUGCCAGGAGCAUGCUCAGAUCUAUUUGCCGUUCCCCUCCUUCGCAUUUCAGCACCUAUUGAUCCGGAGCAGCUCCCAGGAGAAUCACAGGAUGAGGUGGCAAGCAUGGAAGUAACCCACAGCCACUUUUCUUCAUAUGCGGCAUGGUACAAACAAUAUGAGAAUUCACGGCACGGUUCUGAGGCAGUACCAGCGAUUGUCAAAAUACCUUACAGGAUGGUGUUGGAUGUUCUUUUAGAGACUCUGGGCCUUCCAGAAGUUGAGUACCGAACCAGAGUAUAUGAUGGCAGCAGGGUGUGUGUGACUGUAUUGUUCUAUAGAACCACAUCAUAUGUUGGGAAUGAUAUUCCUGGGGUACAAUUUGUUGAUCAAUCAAUGCCAGAAGACAGUGCUGCUAUGGAAGCAAUUGGAUACAUUAAAUGCACAGUGAAGACAGAGAUAACAGACUAUAACUACAGCACCAUGAAGAAACUCGAGGAGGAAAAUCGGUCUCUAAAACAUGAGCUUUAUAUAUCUAGGUACAACAAGUAGAAGAUGAAGACAAAGAUCAGAUCCAUCAAGAACAAGCUAAUGAUUGUUACAUAUGAGAAGAAGCAAAACGCUAUGGGCUGGUUCGUCUUAACAAGGUACAUGCAUGGAUUAUAUGAUCAUAUAUUCAACGUGGCGGCAUUGAAUAUGUCAUAUGGGAAUGGACCCGUAGAUAAGAUUAUCAGUGACCCUCUUAUCAACGUAGAGAAGGUGGCGCAGAGACUCAAAUGUUGGGUGAUCAAGUCAGAAAAGAAGCUAAGAGCCAUCAGGAUGGGUUUUUAGAACCUGGGCCUUUCAAUCUAUAUUGUAUUCUGCCCCUUUUGCUUGUCGUAGCUGCAGAAGCAGAUGCAAUUGUAUAAUUAGCUUUCUCUUUAAACCAAGACUUGCGAAGCUAUGUGUGUAACAAGUAAUGGUACUUAUGUUAUAAGUAUUUAUUACAUAUGCAAUUCAUGUUUCUA